AAGUUUCGAAGUAGCAGCGAUAUGGCGAUCUCCAGCGAACGCGUGGAGGAUCUCAUAGGAACUUUCCGCGAGACGUUAAAAGCGCAAGGUUUCGAGAUUUACCCCUUUAAGGUUGGCUGGUACAAUGCAGUGGUGUCUCGUGCUCAUCAGCUGUCGUUCCCAGCAGACACCCUGGCUCUGGUGCUCCUGAGCACACCGUCCAUGUUUGAGCGCUCCUUCGUCCCCUUCUUACGGAGUCAGCGCUGUGAGGCUGUCCGAGACCCCGUGGACCAGUGCACCGCGCACACAGUCUCCUCCUCGGUCUCUCUGUGUUUUCCGAAUCAGUCUGUGGAUGUCAGUUAUGAUUAUGAAAUGUUACCCAGCAGAAGACCCAAGUUUCUUGCCCAGACUGCUGCCCACAUCUCAGGAGCAGCGUACUACUACCAGAAAUCAGACAUCCACAGGCCGCCGUGGGGUGACAAGAAGAUGUUUGGGGUUUGCAUACACCCCAGGCUGGGCGGCUGGUUUGCUAUACGAGCCCUGCUGGUCUUUAAGGAUUUGCAAGCGGGAGAAGAACUCGAGCAGAAAGACCCUCCGGACUGUGUGUGUUCCCAGGAGGACAGGAUCGAGCUGCUGGAGCGCUUUAACUUCCGCUGGCAGGACUGGAGCUACCGAGACAUCAUUCCCACAGAGGAGAGAUACUCUCCUGGACAGAGGGAGUAUUUCCUGACUCCUCCGGGACAGCGGGGGGCGCUGCUGAGACGGUGGGGAUAUCUGACUGACACUGACACUGAGAAGCAGAGCGAAACAGACAAAGAUGUAGCCUGUUGACUCGGAUUGCAUUUGCAUAAUUUGUUUUUAUUGAUAAUGCAAAUUUUCUGAUGUUCACUAGAUUAUUAUAUAUAAAUGAAAACAUUUGCAUAAACUCGGUUUAAUUGUGUUCCUCCAAAGAAGCCACGACACAUACAUGACCGAUUGCUGUGAACGACUUUAUUGCUCGUUACAACACACUCCACAAAACCAAGCCAUUUUUUUUGCUUUGUGCUUCAUUCUGCACAGCAAGUGGUCAAAACUCCAGAACAAGAGACCAUCUGACCCCCCAAAAACUUCACAGAACAACUUAUUGUUAUUCAUGCUUUUUAAUGCAAAAUGGUUCUGAAGGUCUUUAAAAAGACAUGGUAUGAAUCUUGAUUAGAAUUUAAAAUACAUUCCCCUGACAUGUUGCACCUUAUAAUUCCAGCAAUAAAACCAAAACAUAUCCAUGUAUUAGUUUUUGUUUUAUAUUGAUUGCAAAAAUAAUGUGUUUUUCUGAAUAUCAGCACAUGUGCACAAGCAGUACAAUAGCACAGAGCAACAUGGUGUUCUGUUCUUUGAACGAAUCUGCUUUUGAAAGAAUCGGUUGAUUCAAUGAUUCAAUCGUUCAUUCAGAUGGACUCGCUCCCUGCAUCCCAAUGUGUAUAGUCUACUAUCCACCCUCCCUGAAUAGUAUUCAAAACUAAUAAUGUCACAUAGAAUUAAAAAAAAAGGAUAGUAUGCACAUUGGGAUUUGGGACGCAGACACUUGUUUUGUUUCUUAUUGAAUCAGCAGUUUUGAAAGAAUCGUUUGAUUUGAAUGAUUAAAUUCAUCAUUUAUUAAAGCAGGGACUUUUGUUGCCAUAUAUUUAUCCAUGACACAGCUAAAGCAGCAAAAAACUACAUUCAGCAAAAUAUUCUUUAUUUAUCAAUAGUGCCCAUAAUUCCUUAAUUUCAGGGAGCAGAAAAAACUGGCUUAUUAAAAGAGCUAGUACUUGUAUGAAACAAAAUGAAAAAAAUUCCUCCCCUCAGUUGGAAUAGAAUAACUUUUGCAUGGAUUAUGAUACAAUUUUAUUCCUGUGUUUGCUGACAUCUGCUGGAAACAAAAAUAAAACUGCAUCUCUCAGG